GGGGGGCUCCCCGCUGCUCGCCACCCCGACGCGGAGCAGUAGAGACGCCGGUCCUCCCAGCCGCCUCGAGCGGCCUGGUCCGCCAGCAUCCCAGGGCUCCUUGCGCCUCCCGCCCUGCUGCGCGGCUUCCGGCGGCGGCGGCGGCGGCGGGAGCGUGUGCCGGGCGGCGGCGGCGGCAGCAGCAGCAGCAGCAGCAGCAGCAGCCAUAGCCAUAGCCGUAGCCAUAGGCAUGGCGUACGGCGGGCAGGGCCAGAAGGUGCAGAAGAGGUCCAGGAUCCAGGUGUGGCUUUAUGAGCAAGUGAACAUGCGGAUAGAAGGCUGCAUCAUUGGCUUUGAUGAAUAUAUGAACUUGGUGCCGGACGACGCAGAGGAAAUUCACUCCAAAACAAAACCAAGGAAACAGCUGGGUCGGAUCAUGUUAAAAGGGGACAAUAUCACUCUUCUGCAAAGUGUUUCUAACUAGGAUUUGUUGUUCUUUGCUUAGAACAAUGGCUGCGGUGCUUCGGAGUUAAUAAAGCGCUUAGUGGGAGCAGGACCAGCUAGUAGACAGGAAGUUAUGUGUAACUGGGGUCGCAUGCAGAAUUGAAAACUGCACAUUCUUUUGUGCGAGUGAUUUUUUUUUUUGUAGUUUGAAACGAUGCACAGUGUAUUUCGCAAAUAAACAUUUUUCACAUUAACUGUAAA